GUAUCAACCUUCCGCGUAGGCGCAUCGUCGUUGGGAAAGGAAGCAGCAGGAAGCAGUCGUCGCCGUAGCUUGACAUAACCGUGUUGCAUCGCGCAGGAACGAACGUAUUUCCUGGAAACGUAACGAGACGAGAGGAAUCGAGAAGCUACGAUCAGGGAACAUUGGGAGACAUUGGGAGACAUUGGGAGGAAUCUCUGAGAGAGAGAAGGCAUCGCACGGGGUGAGGCCUGGUCGAGGGAAGCAACGAGGUAUACGAGGUUCGACGUCGAGAGGGGCGAAGUUCAAUGCAUCGGUGAAAAUUGGGGAGCAUCGUUCGCGACAAAAGAGGGUGCUUCGGUGUUGUAUAUGUCAGUGAUCGGUGAAUAUAGACGAUCCUUGUUCCUCGCGGAGGAAAGCGAAAGGUGGGAGAGAGAUAUAGAGAGACACUGUCCGUCGGCAGCGUUACCGGCGUUUCGAACCACUUUAAGGUCGUGGGCCACCCUCCCGACCGCGAGGGAAGCUAGCGCGUGAAUGUGUUGGAAGCAGUGGCCCCGUGUUCGUUUUCGUCGUCGUCGUCGUCGUCGUUGUGAUCGACGGGAAAACGGUCCGGCACCGUGGAAAUCGUCGAGAACGUUACACCGAUGGCCCUACGCGUCUCAUCGAUGCAACGGCGCGUUUCGUGAUCGCGGCCACGACGGGAACGUCGAUGAUGCCGCGGAUAUCGUUUUCUCCGCGCGGACGGACGGCGGGCCUCGUGAUCGCCCCUCGGAUCGAUAGGCACGUAAAAAAGAUCGAACAAUAAUCGUCGAGCAGGAGUCCCCCACCACCCCCGGAGGUUAGGCCUCCGAGAUAUAAAAGGAUCCUCGCUCGAAGAUGAACUCCAUGAUAUAUACCCUGUACGGGUUCGCGAUAUUUUUCAUGGUAUUCUGGUCGGUGAUGUGGAUCAUUCACGUGCUGGCACUGAUUGCUGGUCGAUGGAAGCUUCACCGUAAAAUCAGCCAAGUGCCGAGCUACGAGACCCCGUUGCCCGGCGUCUCGAUCAUCAAACCGCUGAUGGGCGUCGAUCCGAAUCUGUUCAGCAACUUGGAGACGUUCUUCACCAUGGAGUAUCCUCGUUACGAGCUGCUUUUCUGCGUGGAGGACGACCUGGAUCCCGUUGUGAUAUUGGUGCAACAACUGAUGGGACGUUAUCCGGAAGUGGACGCGAGGCUGUUCGUUGGUGGUCGUAACGUGGGCGUGAAUCCGAAAAUCAACAAUAUGCAGCCGGCGUACGAAGCGGCGAAACACGAGUUUGUGUUGAUCAGUGACAGUGGUAUCAAGAUGAAGGAGGACACGCUAUUGGACAUGGUUAAUCACAUGACAGACAAUGUGGCGUUGGUGCAUCAGAUGCCGUUCACUUCGGAUCGCGAGGGUUUCGCCGCCGUUUACGAGAAAGUAUUCUUCGGCACGGUCCAGUCGAGGAUGUAUCUCGCGGCCGAUUUGCUGCGAAUAAACUGUCACACAGGGAUGUCGGCGCUUCUGAGGAAGGCGCCCCUCGACGAAGUAGGCGGAUUGAAAACGUUCGGCGUGUACCUGGCCGAAGACUUUUUCUACGCGAAGUCGUUGACCGACCGCGGUUGGCGCAUCACGGUCUCCUCGCAGCCGGCGUUGCAGAACAGCGGUCACUGCGAGCUGCAUUCCUUCCAGGCAAGGUUACGAAGGUGGGCGAAGCUCAGGGUGGCGAUGCUGCCCACCAUGAUCGUGCUGGAGCCGUUGAGCGAGUGCUUAGUGUUAGGUGCCUGUGCUUCCUGGGCGGCCAGCGUACUAUUCGAGUGGGACUCCCUUGUUUUCUAUUUGGUACACAUACUGUUGUGGUUCAUGUUCGACUGGACGCUGUUGUGCGUUGUCCAGAACGGCCCGUUACCGUUCAACAAAUUAGAGUUCGUUUGCGGAUGGUUGCUCAGCGAGAUCACCAGGCCCUAUCUUUUUCUCCAGGCGGUUCUAGAUCCUCUGAUACAGUGGCGAUCGCGCGUUUAUAAGCUCAGGUGGGGCGGCGUCGCGGAAGAGGUUAAGGCGAAAGUCAAAUACUAAGGGACGCGGACAUACGUUCUCCUUUUCCGUCUCGCUUUUCACUUUCUUAGGUUUAAUUAACACAUUGUGGACCAUACUUACCGACAACGCGUUGCUUGCGAAUAAACGUUUAAGGGAAACGUGGCAAUUCGACCGGGAGGCUUAUCGUCGACAUCUUCGAGUCGGUGGCGUAACCAGCGAUUAUGCGAAAAUUUAUGGUCCGGGGGCUCUUUUACGGCAGCGUUACCCAAACUUGCUCAGCCACGGGACACUUACCUUCUUUAAUACUGUUUAGUUAUCGAUAUGGAAACUAUUAUCCUACUAAUUAACUUCGUUAUCGCUCUCAUAGUUAGUAUUAACUAUUCAUGGCCAUAAUUCCUUGUAUAUUGAGUUGUCCAGAAAGUUCGUGCCAAUUUUUAAGAAACAUUCAGACACGUUUGAAUUUCGAUACACAAGUCACGCUAUUUUCUAAUAUUUACGCUAUGUCACGAUUACACUUAAAACAAAAAAAUACUUCUGCCGGUUACGGUGUUACUUUCGUUUUGUUGUAGUAGCUACUUUCUAGGUUGUUCGGAAAGUUCGCGUUAAUUUUUAAAACAAAUUCAAAGGCACGUUUGAAUUCUGAUAUAUAUUUAUUGAAUUAUACAUGUA